AUGGACCGACUAGCCCCAGAGAUCAUAUCCAACAUAAUUUCACACCUCGUGCCAUACGAGUAUUUCUCACCAGCUAAAUUCUACGACGAAACUAGACCUCCAAUACGCUGUCUCGCACAUCUAGCAGCACUAUGUCGUCGUUGGCAACCUCUGAUUGAAGAGGCAUCAUUCCGUGAGCUCAAGCUGAACCCAGAAUCGGUCUCUUAUGCGAUAGAGAACAAUAUUCUCACCCCCAGGCGUCUUUCAUAUAUCCGCCGGCUCGAUUACUCGUUUCCACCACCAAAUGAAGCACAUCCUCCAACAGUAGGCCCCGAAAUCGACACGGGUUUUCUGCCUCUUCUCCAGUUGCUCGCUCAGAUACCUUUGCAAGAGGAGCCGCUCGUAGUACUCUUCGUUAGCGUCCCCUGGAGCCCAAAGGGACCUGAAUAUCUCAGUAAACUGGAAGACCACGUCCAGGACAAUUUUGAGGACUUGAACCCAUGUCUCCCAGAAGUACCCAUGAUAAACCAUUUCUGGUUCAGCAGUGGGUUUGACCGCUUUUUCUACUCUCCACGCUCUAUCUGCCUGAUAGCGGGUACGAUGUCGCGCCUGAGAUCACUUGCUCUGCGUCUAGUGUCUCAAAGAGGACCGAACAAUGUGGUGAACGAGAGAAAUGAGCUUGCACGGUCAUUGCAUGGUCUGCCUUCGUCCAUCCAUCAAUUCGACCUCGCUUACUAUGUGAAUCCAACCUUGCUGAAGGAUGCCAUGUCUUCUGCGCCGACAGAAGAAGACAUUUUAAGUCGAGAGUUAUGUCGAUUCUCACAAAGAGAAGGACUAAAAGACUUCUCCUUUGAGGGGAGCAUCGAGCCUACUAUCUUCUGGCCAUCAGAGUCAGAUACAGCUGAAGAUCCUCACUGGCCAAGCCUCAAAGCCUUCGGCCUUACUCCAGAGAGGGUCUCACCCUCAGGGAAGCGGCUCCUCGUCCACAAACCCUGGCGACCAGCAGACAACGCCGCUGAUUGGAGACGUAUGUAUCCCGUUGACGAUGUGGUGAACGAAUAUUUUGUGGCGGCGGCACGAUGUGUAUCUCGGAUGCCCAAGGCGGAGUAUCUCUCCAUAGAGCUCAAAGACUCGUGGUACACGACUCUUGUUUUCUGCACUGGCUAUCCUGACGAUCCUGACGAACCAAUUCUGAGACUCUCAGGAGGCGGAGGUUCUACGAUCUUUGAGGAGACUGAAAAGGAAUGGCGGAAGACAGUAGAAAUUCAUAACUUGGAGUUUUCUAUGGAAAUUGAUGAGGAGAAGGACUAG